CUCCGCCUGCCCGGCAGCAUCAGGCCACGAAACCAACCGCGGUGACCGGCCACAGUCCGUCACUCCGUGAGCGAGCGAGCUCCGAGCGGCGCACGAGUGCACGACCAUGGCCCGGCCUUCUUGCUCGCCCCUGUUUCUUGGAGCGGCGGUCGCCGUGGCGCUUGCAGUCCUCGCCGCCGCGCCGUUGGCGCUCGCCGGCGACCCGGACUACCUCCAGGACCUCUGCGUCGCCGACCUCAACUCCGAGGUGAAGGUGAACGGGUUCCCGUGCAAGGCGAACGCCACCGCCGAUGACUUUUUCUCCAGCGUGCUGGCCAAGCCGGGCGCGACCAACAACACCAUGGGCUCCGUGGUCACGGGCGCCAACGUCGAGAAGGUCCCGGGGCUCAACACCCUGGGCGUCUCGCUCUCCCGCAUCGACUACGCCCCCGGCGGGCUCAACCCGCCGCACACGCACCCACGCGCCACCGAGCUCGUCUUCGUCCUCUACGGCACCCUCGACGUGGGCUUCCUCACCACCGCCAACAAGCUCGUCGCCAGGACCAUCUCCCAGGGCGACGUCUUCGCGUUCCCGCGCGGGCUCGUGCACUUCCAGAGGAACGCCGGCGACGAGCCCGCCGCCGUCAUCUCGGCCUUCAACAGCCAGCUCCCCGGGACGCAGUCCAUCGCCAUGACGCUUUUCGGGGCAUCCCCCGAGGUGCCCGACGAGGUGCUCGCCAAAGCGUUCCAGAUCGAAGCCGAGGAGGUGGACAAGAUCAAGGCCAAGUUCGCGCCCAAGAAGAGCUGAGGACCCAGAAGAAACUAGUUUUGGUCUGACCAUCAGCCGUUGAUGAUGGGAUUGAUAUGCAUUGGUUGGUUGGAUUAUUCUGCUGCUGCUGCUUCGUUUGCUUUGUGAUUGAGCGUGCCAUGCAAUCGCACGCGUCGUUGGGUUUGUGUGUGAUAUGAUCGUCGGUUAAGUGUGACCUGCAGAAUGAGGUUGUAGGCGUCCCUCUCUGUAAUAAGCUGCAGGCCUGAUGGAGAACUUUCUGUUCAUCUUAUAUUAUUAGCUCAAUCAUUUGUAAACCAUUUCAUAUUACUAUUGCACUUACUUUUUUUAA